AUGACUGCCGCAAAGUGCGUCCAGGACAUGAUGCGCCCCUCCAGCAGCCAGCACCGCCUUUCGGUAGGCUCCAAUGCCUCGAGUGUUCCCACGCGAAACUCCUACAGCAGAACGCAUUCGAACACCACGUCGCUGGGCUCUGUCAACCCCACGAACCGCAUCAGUCGACGCAAGAGCUCCACAUUCUCGCCCGCAGCGAGGCCGGCCACUAUCGGCGCUGCUGUGGAGAGUGCCGUGGCAGAUGGCUCUAUAGCAAUCAAGCGUCGCAGCUCGACAGCGAGGGCGGCUCUGGCGUCAUUAAACGAGGGCAUGCCUAGCAGCCUGCCUCAUAACCACACUGUGCCCGAAGAGGGCGUCCUUAGCAGCAGCAGUGCUGUGGUCGAUGGCCCUUCCCUCUCGUCCUUUCAAGCUACCGAGAAGGCCAAGUUGAAGAUGCGUAGAGCUAGCGACGGCACACGCUUGACCAAGAAAGAGAAAGCUGCGACGGGCGAGCUGAAGUGCGAGCACUGCGGGAAGGCGUACAAGCACGGCAGCUGCCUCAACAAGCAUCUUUGGGAGCAUACCCCACAGUGGCAGUAUACUUCAAAGUUACUCAUUUCAAAGCACCAGCAAGUCCAGCUUCUCGAAGCAGCGUCUGUCCUGGUCGCUAUGAACGGAGACGGUCCUGCCAAUGACAGCGAUACGUCGUCUCCAGCUGCAUCUGGCUCUUCAGAUAUGCGAGACGAGCAGGAGUUGAGCUCUACGGAAACCACACCUCCACCACAGAGCGAGAACGCCUACAGGGACAGCAAGCGCUUCAGCAACAACAGCAGCCUUUACUCGCGUUCAUACCAGUCCGUAUUCUCCGACAGUGCACCAGGUCAAGAUAAUGGAUUCUCUCACCACCGACAGUGGAGCACUUCUAGCAACGGCCGACCAUUGACUGCCAACACUUCCAUCGCCGACAGCUACCGCGGUGAUGAGGACCCACAGGACUUGGCCGCAGCCGUAGGCCUUUUGAGCUGCAGCUACGGCACGCCAAAGAGCGGACCUACUGGAAUGGGUAAUGGAGUUCCUCCAGUUCCGCCACUCCCAGCGAAGUACCAGAACUACCGUGCACCAGUCGAUGUACAAAUGGACGAUGAUUACGACUCCGACGACGAACCUCACGUCCGUAAUGACGAUGUCGAAGAUCAGGGCAUGUUUGGUAAGAUGGACGCAUAG